AGAUGUCUCUCCUGUGUCUGUGAAAGAUGUCUCUCCUGUGUCUGUGAAAGAUGUCUCUCCUGUAUCUGUGAAAGAUGUCUCUCCUGUAGCUGUGAAAGAUGUCUCUACUGUAUCUGUGAAAGACGUCUCUCCUGUGUGUGUGAAGGACGUCUCUCCUGUGUGUGUGAAGGACGUCUCUCCUGUGUGUGUGAAGGACGUCUCUCCUGUGUGUGUGAAGGACGUCUCUCCUGUGUGUGUGAAAGACGUCCCUUCUGUAUGUGUGAAAGAUGUCCCUCCUGUAUUUGUGGAGGACAUCCAUGUAUGUGUGAAAGACGUCCUCCUUCCAACCCCUGUCAUAGUUGACACCUCAUCAGUGAUUGACCCUUAUGAGGGCAUGAAGCCAGGGCAUACCAAAGUGGCCACUGAGCUGUCCCCAGAGAGUAGUGUCCUGUUGAAAGUAGUCCCCCCAGUGGCCCCUGUAUUAGUGUCCCCUGUACCAUACAAACCAGUGAAGACGGAUCCUGCCCCAGUGGACACACUAACCGCCCUGUCGGACACGCUCAUCUCCUUCGACACAGGUUCAUCCAGCUCCAGAGUCCCUGACCCAGUAUGCACCGAGACAGCAGAGCCUGCAGAGCCAGAGGACAGAGCGCAAAGUGAGCCGAUGCCUCAGCUCAUGAUUGAUGAUCUCCUCUCUCUCACUAACGGUGAAGAGGAGUUGGCGGAUCCCAUCCCUCCCAGAUCUUGGAGUCUGGAGUGUCUCAGUGGAUCAGACAGAGAUAUUGUCUCGACAGAGGUAGUGUCCCCUGACAGUCCGACCCCUAGUACUGACUCCAGUGAGGAUGAAGAGCCUGAGGAGCAGAGUCCACAGGUGUCCCUGGACACGGUUCAGAAACAGUCAUCUGAGAGUGAUUCACCAUGGGAUAGAUGGAGUGCACCUACUGUCAAUCAAGAGAAGGAGGAGAGAGACCCAGAGCCUUCAAUGGACCGUUUUAUUUCCUACUCCAGGACCUUGGACAGUUCUGCCAACCAGAGACCCAAGUCACCAGACACUGAGUCCAAUAAGUGUUUUGUGUACCUGAAGGAGUAUGUGAACGCUACAGACCUAACCAAGCACAACACUAGAGACGAUCCUGACUAUGUAACGUCUAGUUCUAGCAGCCAUUCCAACAGCAGCCCCUCCUCUUCCACCAGGACUACUACGACGUCUGCCUGUACGUACUGUGGAGAGCAGGUGGGCAACGAUGCCAAGAUCACCAUCGAGCACCUCAACAUCUCCUGUCACUCGGCCUGCUUCAAGUGUGGUGUUUGCAGUAAGCCAAUGGGAGACUUUCUGUUCAACAUGUUCCUGCACAAAGGGACUGUCCACUGUGAGAGCUGCUAUGGCAACGUCUUCUAGGAUGCUUCCUUUCCUUGUCUCCUUGUCUCUUUUCCUUCAUGGCCACAGAGGUGACAAGACUGGAUGGCUGAUUUAACUGCUCUCACCCAAUCAAGACCUGUCGUCUGCUAACAGACAGGGACACUGCACCUUGAGUUUGACAUGAAUUUCCAUGUGUGAGAUUUUGUUUUCAUACCUUUGUAUGGAUCCUACUGAAUUGCAUGAGGUUAACACUGGAACACUAUGGAAGUUAUUCUGUGGUUUAGGGUUGGUAAAGAGAAUAAUAUGAUCAUAUUACUGAUAUUGUCUUCCGUCCAAAUUAAUGAACACUUUAUUAUUUUUUUAUAUUUUUUUUCUUAAAGGUCCAGUGCAGUCAGAAAUGUGAUUUUCCUGUGUUUUACAUAUACUGUAUUUCCACGCUAUGAGGUUGGAAUAAUACUGCGAAAUUGUGAAAAUUAUGAUAAUUCCAUUUAAGUGUGUAAGCGCCAAAGAUGUCAGCCUGUUUUGGUGGGAGGAGUUUUGGCCUGCCUGGCGGCAUCACCAGGUAGUAUUGCGAAUAACAACUAGUUUUCAUGUUACAUAUCCUUCCCAUUAGGCUCGUCCAGUUAGGACUCUCACUCAGACUCUCAGCUAAAUUAUUUUUCGAGAAAUUGCUUGUUGUUUAAAAGCUAUUUUUAUUUCUUUUUGACCAUUUUAAUUGAAAAUAAUCACAGUGAGGUACUUAAUUACCUAGAAAUGGUUUGAUAUUGCGAUUAAAAACGGCUUCAUUGGACCUUUUAAUGUCGUAACUUGGUGAAUUUAUUGUGAAAUAUGAAGGAACUGUAUGUAAAAGUCUCUAAAUAUGAUUAUGUAAUGAAAAUAUUUAACUGGGAACUGGCUCUGUAGAUUAGCAGUUGGGUACAAUUUUCUACUUUCAGGCUUGACUAUGCAAAGUAAAUAACUAUAAUAUAUAUUUUUUUCACAUUUUCAUUUUUAAUUGUCUUAUGCUUUUUCUGUCAAUAAACAAUAAAACAGAUAUA